CAGUAGUUAACGCCAUCACUACUCAUUUCUGCCUACACGCGCCGUUGGGCCGCAUUUUACCACCCAAAAUGGCUGAGGCAGCUCUUGUUGCUCGAACACGCUCGCCAAUCACAAUCAACAGCCUCGCAGCUCAACUUAAUGAGAUGGGACUAAUGCAAGGAGAUACAGUCCUUGUGCAUACGUCGCUCAGCUCUCUUGGGUGGGUCAAUGGUGGCCCUGUCGCAGUUGUCGAAGCUUUGAUGAAGACCGUUGGGGAACAAGGCACUAUCAUCAUGCCGUCGCAGUCGGGCAACCUUACAGAUCCCGCAAAUUGGUCUCAGCCUCCCGUGCCUAAAGAUUGGGUGCAGACUAUACGAGGCACGAUGCCAGUCUAUGAUCCACGCACCACGCCUACAAGUUCAAUGGGCAGGGUGGUCGAAGUCUUCAGGACUUGGCCAGGAGCUCUCCGCAGUGGUCAUCCUACCACCUCUUUCGUGGCUCGAGGCCCAUUUGCAGCGAGCCUUAUGGCUGAUCAUCGAUUGGAGGAUCCGCUUGGAGAGACUUCUCCUCUAGGCAAGAUCUAUCGGCUUAAUAGAGUCAAGAUCUUACUUAUUGGAGUCGGUUUCGAUAGAUGCACUGCGCUUCAUCUCGCGGAGUGCAGGCGGUGGCCAGAUCGACCAAAGACUCUACAGGGUGCACCAAUGCUGGUCAACGGGAAGAGAGAGUGGGUACAGUAUGAGAUCCUGCAAGAGCUAAGCAACGAGGCGUUCCUUUCUGCCGGGGCGAGCGCAAUCGCUUCAGGUAUGGCAAGAGUAGGUAAGCUAGGAGAAGGUCAGGGCACUGUCGUAAAUAUGAGAGAGCUUGUAGACCAUGCUGUAGGCAUUUGGCCAGAUAAUUAUUCAACUUAAGCUGUAUAGCUCUGUUAUCUAUAGAUAUGCCGUCUACCUGCCUAUUACUAUGUUUUAUAUAUAUAAGUAAUAGAAGUAUAGGCAGUAAGCUAAUAGAAGAGGAGGAAGAUAAGCGGGCUCAACAAGCAAAGAAGGGGGAAGAACCAGGUGAAGAGUGAUGUCAAGAAAGCAUACAGACGUUUAGAAGAUAGUACCAGGAAUGAAGGGCUUGCAAUGUAGCAAAAUUGAUCAUUAAUAGAUAAACCUAAGCUAUAUACCUGUUUUUAGCUUACAC